UGCCGUAGCGCCGUGCGGUUCAGUGUUCAGUGAGUCGUCUGCUACGCGGGGUUCACCGCGGUCACGGCCACGGCCGCUCUACCGCGUACUCUACCGCGUACUACCCGCGUAGCGCGCUCGUAACUUGCUCCUUUCUUCGCCCAAACUCACUAAUUACUCUUCUGUCAUGCGUACUAUAUUUUAUUUCAACGGGGUCGCAGGAUAGUCGCACCUGCGCCCCGGUCCACCCUUGGGCUCAUCUAACCUUUCUCUGCCUCCCCCAAUCUGUCUAUCCCUUCAAUCGCCAAUCGUCGCCACUGUGUGCGGGUAUGCGGAGAAAUGGAAAGCAAUGAGAGGAAACAGAAUCUGCACAGAAGGGAGAGGGGUGUCGAGCACACUUCUGGUAGGAGAUCUCGAUCCAGAAAGCGAAAAAUUUCAUACACUUCCCAUCCUAGACCAUAUGCUCGAAGCCUCUCAUUGUCGACUCAUCAACUUAAUCAAAAUCAUAGAGAUGAGAUUUCUCAAUAUCGUCUGGAAGCUCCCAGUGUUCAGGCUACUGUCGCCACAACAUCUAUUAGAAAUUUCUCUUACCAACAAAAGCUUGUGCUAACAUCUCUUGUUCUUGUAGAUUUUAUAAGCUUUUGUUCAAUGUCUAUAAUGGCCCCAUUUUUCCCUAAAGAAGCAUCCUUAAAAGGAAUGAGUGAAUCACUCUCUGGGUUUGUGUUUGGGUUUUAUGCAUUGGUAAUAUUUGUUUCUUCUCCUAUAUUUGGGAAAAUAUUGCCUACUGUUGGUCCAAGAUUUCUCUUUAUGUCGGGAAUGUUUUUAGCUGGUUGCUGCUCUAUUCUAUUUGGAGCUCUCAUUCACAUUGUUGAUCAGAACACAUUUGUUGUGUUUUGCUUCCUUGUUCGGGGCAUGGAAGCAAUUGGGGCGAGUGCCUUUACUACAGCAUCAUAUGUUUUUGUUGCUCAAAUUUUUCCUGACAACAUUGGAGCUGUUAUGGGUAUUUUGGAGACCUUUGUAGGUCUGGGCAUGAGCACAGGACCAGCAAUAGGAGGACUAUUAUACACACUGGGAGGCUUUGGCUUGCCAUUCUACUCUCUGGGGGUUUUUAUGGUGGUUUUUGUGCCAAUCAACUUCUGCUUGCUUCCUUCAGAAUCUGGUUUCGGAGUUGAUCAGUCAAGUAGUUCAUUAUGGCAACUGUUGAAAGUACCAUCUGUUUUGGUUACCGGCCUAGUCAUUGUAGUUGGUUCUAAUACAUGGGGAUUUCUUGAUCCAACAUUAGAGCCUCACCUUCGACAGUUCUCAUUAAGUGCUGACCAAUUGGGUUUGGUGUUCCUGCUGACCUCUGGACUGUAUGCCAUCUUUAGUCCAAUAUGGGGUCUACUUUCGGAUCGAGUAAAUCACCACUGGAGUCUCAUGGUGAUUGGUCUGUUGCUGUGCACAGUGGGCCUUGUUUUACUAGGACCAUUCCCUCUCUUUGCUUUUCUACCUAACACACUAUGGCUGAACCUCCUGGCCCUUUCCAUCCUCGGUGUGGCGAUGGCUCUUACUCUACUUCCAACGUUUCAAGGCCUUCUUGACUCUGCCGUGGAUGGAGGAUGUGUAGAUGAGCUUUCCACUCACAGUUUGGUGGCUGGUGUGUGGGCCUGCAUGUACUCUUUGGGUGAAGUAACCGGACCUUUAUUGGGGGGAUUUCUCUUACAAGUUUAUGGAUUUCCUAUUUGUGCCACUGUUAUGGCUGGAGCAACAUUCUUCACAGCCAUUUUUAUACUUGUUUUCUUCUGCACUCGUGAUGCCUUUUCCCACAUCCACCAUAGGGGUUCCGAUUCUAAAUGCUGCAGUCGUGACAGUGGUGUCAGUUCCAAUGGAGUCUGUGACUUAGGUGUUUUGCAUGAUGCUGAUGAAGACAGUCUCCUUUCAAGUGGGAGACAAUCUUAUGGAACAGUUUUUCCAUCUUUCCAGUACACUCAAGAGAAGGUGGAUUUUUAUGCAGCUCUUAGCAAAGAGGAGAGAGACAGUGAGAGACAGGAUGUGGACCAGGUUACUGAUGUAAAGCGAACAAUAGCUAUGACUGCAUCAGGUGCUUGUGAGGUGUAGUAAUAAAAAUAAAUAAUUGUGAAUCCCUUGCAGUUGCUUCACAGACUUUUCAUUCCUUUAAGUUUAUUGUGAUAGUUAAAUGCCAAAGAACUUCAUAUUCAACUGAAGCAAGUUCAAGUAAAAUUUGAACUACAUAACAUGUUUAAGUUUAAAUACAAUCGGAAUAAAUACAUACUAUUGAUCCAGUG